AUGCUUUUGGGAAGGCCCUGGAUUCACGAGAAUGAAAUUAUACCAUCUACUCUGCAUCAAUGUUUCAAAUAUUGUCGAGACGGUAUUGUUAAGAAAGUUACUGCCGAUGACAAACCUUUCACGGAAGCCGAAACUCACUUUGCCGAUGCUAAAUUUUAUCUUCACAAAGAAGCAAAAAGAAAGGAAUCGAUAAGGGAAGAAAGUCAAGAUUCCAAAGUACCCAUUUUGCGGUAUACUCCAAGAUCAAAGAGAGAAGAAGGUCAGUUUUCUUUUAUCAGAAAUGACACAUUAAAUGUUUCGCUCACCAAGAUAGAGCCUGUUAAAAUUGAGAAGGUGAGCUUGCAAGGGUUUGUUCGUCCCAAAGAAGAACCGGCAGUGGAACAUUACUCGCUACCAACUAAUCGGACUCAAGAAGGUUUUGAUCCAAAUGCCUAUAGACUUCUUGCUAAGGCGGGUUAUAACCCAAAUGAGAAGAAUACAUUGGGCAAACUCCCUCCUGAAGUGACUGGCGAGAGGACUCACGGAUUGACACCUACGCAGAAAAUGUUGAAAGAAAGGGGCUAUAAUGUUGAAAGUUCAUCGAUGGGUCUUGGUUAUCAACUGUCCUCUCCUGUUCGUAUAAUGAUCAAAAGAGCGAGUUGUAACUAUGUGAACGAAGAAAUGGAGGUCACAAGCCGAAAGAGAUCUGUGUUCGACCGAUUGGAAAAUAAGUCAAAACGUACUUCUGUGUUUGACAGACUUGGCCCGCAGCCGAAAAAUCUGAAGUCGCCCGUCUAUGAGAGAUUAGGCAGUAAGAAACAAGAGUACCAAGUUGCCAGGGAAGAAAGUUUUACUCCAAUAAAGAAGAACAGACCAAGAAAGCGAGUCUCCAAUUUCUUCAUGCACUAUGGAGACUUAUUCAAUGUAAGAAUUGAAACCAUUUUUGAAGAACAGGGUCAAGAAAGUACGGCUUCCUGUCACCAUAUUACGAUCAGUGAUCUUGAAGAAGAAGAAGAAGAUGCAGAUGACGCUCCCGCUGAACUUGAACAAAGGGUAAAAAAUACGGUCGAUGAGCUAAAAGAGAUUAACCUUGGCACAAUCGACGACCCUCGCCCAAUUUACAUAAGCUCCUGUAUGACUCCUGAAGAAGAAAAAGAGUAUGUUGAUUUGCUGCUCGAGUUCAGGGACGUCUUUGCCUGGAAUUACUCAGAAAUGCCUGGUUUGGAUCCAAGGGUCGCCGUUCAUAAUUUGUCCGUCAAGCGAGGAACAAAACCUGUCAAGCAAACGCAAAGGCGCUUUCGGCCCGAAUUGAUUCCUCUGAUAGAAAAUGAGAUAAAUCGAUUGAUUGAAACCGGAUUCAUACGAGAAGUAAAACAUCCAACAUGGAUUUCAAGCAUCGUCCCUGUAAGGAAGAAGAAUGGGCAAAUUCGAGUUUGUGUUGACUUUCGAGACUUAAACGAGACUUGCUCCAAAGAUGAUUUUCCUCUCCCCAUCACAGAAUUGACGGUAGAUGUUACAACCGGGUAUGAAGCACUAUUUUUUCUCGAUGGAUCGUCUGGCAACAAUCAAAUACGUAUGGCGCCCGAGGAUGAGGAGCUAACUGCCUUCCGCACCCCCAAGGGAAUUUAUUGCUAUAAAGUAAUGCCGUUUGAUUUGAAAAAUGUUGGAGCGACAUAUCAAAGGGCAAUGCAAAGAAUAUUUGAUGAUAUGUUCCAUAGAAAUGUGGAGUGCUACGUUGAUGACCUUGUGGUGAAAUCAAAGAAGCGAGAGGAUCAUAUUCAAGACCUUCGAAGAGUUUUCCAACGCCUUCGGAGAUACCAAUUAAAAAUGAAUCCUUUGAAGUGCGCAUUCGGAGUCACUUCUGGUAAAUUUCUUGAUUUCAUCGUUCAUCAACGGGGAAUAGAAGUCGAUCGAUCUAAAAUUGAUGCCAUUGUGAACAUGCCUGAACCGGGAAAUAUUCAUGAAUUGAAGAGCGUUCAAGGGAAGUUGGCAUAUAUCCGGAGGUUUAUCUCUAAUUUGGCCGGGCGAUGCCAACCCUUUAAUAGACUGAUGAAGAAAUGGGUACCCUUCGAGUGGGAUGAAUCGUGUAGGAAUGCUUUUACAAGCAUCAAGGCGUAUCUCAUGAAUCCCCCAGUGCUGGCUGCGCCCAUUCCAAGAAAAUCAUUGAUUCUCUAUAUUUUCGCUCAAGAACGGUCGGUUGGGGCCUUAUUUGCUCAAGAAAACGAUGAAGGUAAGGAGAAUGCGCUGUAUUACUUGAGUCGGAUGAUGACAUCUAAUGAGUUGAACUACGCACCUAUCGAGAAGUUGUGUUUGGCACUUAUAUUUGUCAUUCAGAAGUUGAAACAUUAUUUUCAUGCACAUACUAUUCGUCUCAUAUCUAAGUCCAAUCCCAUUAAAUAUGUCAUGGCAAAACCUGUACUAUCUGAUCGGCUCGCGAGAUGGUACCUCCAGUUUCAACAAUUUGAAAUUAUUUACGUACCUGCGAAGGCUGUCAAAGGACAAAUAUUGGCAGACUUUUUAGCCGAUCAUCCCCUACCUGCCGAGUGGGAGUUGACUGAUGAACUUCCCGAUGAAGAAGUGUUUAUGGUCGAAUUGCCGUGGUCAAUGUAUUUCUAUGGAGCUGCCCACCGUGAUGGAGCUGGUGCGGGAGUUGUCUUUUAUACUCCUGAAGCAGAUAUAUUGCCAUACUCUUUCACUUUAACACGCCGGUGUUCCAACAAUGUGGCUGAAUAUCAGGCGUUGAUUCUCGGUCUUGAAACGGCUGUAGACAUGAAGCAGUUGCAUCUUAGAGUCUACGGUGAUUCAAAAUUGGUGGUAAAUCAACUCCUUGGUGUUUAUGAUAUCAAAAAACCUGAAUUGAUCCCAUAUUACAAGUAUGCAAGGAUAUGGGAUAUUUAG